AUGGUCACCGACAGAACUGGUAUUAUUGCCGCUAAGGUUGCUCCCAAUAAGCUCUUCUGCAUUGGCGUGUUUAUCGCCAGUGUUUUGAAUCUGAUCAUCUCGUUUGCUUUCCAAUAUCAUCCUCUUACCGAUGUGGCGGUUAUGGUCAUGAUGGGUAUCCAAGGAUUGGCUUUGGGCGUCAUCUACCCUGCCAUGCAUGGUGUCUGGCGCUAUUGGGCUCCACCUUUGGAACGUUCAAAACUAGCGACAACCACAUUUUGUGGAAGUUAUGUCGGUGUCAUGAUUGGGCUUCCUCUCAACGGCUUUUUGAUCUACUUCUCCUGGUCGACACCGUUCUAUGCAUUCGGAAUCGCUGGAGUACUGUGGUCUAUUGUCUGGUGCUUGGUUUCUGCGAAAUCGCCAGCUGAACAUCAUUACAUCACCGAAGAAGAACGAACUUAUAUUACGGAAAAAGUUGGAAAAGUUGCCACGGGAAACAUGACGGUAAAUUUGCUAUUUUUGAAAAAUGACAAAAAUUUCAUAUUUUCUGUUUCUAGCUCACUACGCUACCAUGGAAAACCAUAAUG